CGACCAAACGCGCCAAACUUUGGAAAUCGCAUCCAUUUAAUAGACCCUAGCCCCAACGACGAUCCUCGCCAUUCUACGGCCACCACCAACAGCAGUCUGCACAGACACGACACUGAUGCAUCCGCAGGCGAAUUGAAUCGGUUCUGCGCAGGCCCCAUGCCGGUUCAUUCUCCAUUGCUGUCUUCUCCCCGGGUCUCAUGAUCGCCGUGCCCCUGUCCACGUCACCACUCCGGCUCGCAUAAAAUGGAAAAAGGCUCCAAUAGCUCCCAUGGCAUCCCGCUGCUUCCCCUGAGCCGUCCCGACCUGCCGACCAUCAGCGGCGAUGACGAACGAGAGGCCUCGCGUUCCAGGCCACCGAACCAUGCGCGCACGACCUCUGCCCAGUCGAGGAUUGUCGCCGACGAGUACUCGUUCCUAUCCCCGGCCGAGACCGCCGCCCGCCUCAGAACUUCGCUUACUCAUGGCCUGACCCCCAACGAGGCUAUAACGCGCAUCCACGAACAUGGCCCCAACGAGAUCCCCCACGAGGCCCCCGAGCCGCUAUGGCUACGAUUCAUCGGCCAGUUUAAGGAGCCGUUAAUUUUGAUGCUGCUGGUCUCGGCCGCAGCGUCCGUAUUCCUUGGAAACACCGAUGAUGCCAUCAGCAUCACCGUCGCCGUCACUAUUGUCGUCACCGUCGGCUUUGUGCAGGAAUACCGGUCCGAGAAAUCGAUCGAGGCUCUAAGCCACCUGGUCCCAGACCAUGCCCAUUUGAUACGAACUCAGAUGCCCAAAACUCCCACCACGGGGCGCCCGGCGAACUGGCCUGUGGAUGCCGGCAGCAGUGGUGAUCAGUCUCCUUCGGGUGCCACCACCCCCGGUGAAGCAGCCAUGGAAGCCAGCUCGGCCAAGGUCAUGGCCUCGCAGCUGGUUCCGGGCGAUCUGGUCAUGUUCACAACAGGCGAUCGCAUCCCUGCCGACAUUCGUGUGACCAAGGCCAUAGAUCUGACCAUUGAUGCAUCGAACCUCACCGGCGAGAACGAGCCCGAGAGACUCACGGCCGCCGCCCGCUCGCGAGACCAGCGCCCGCUCACCCCCUUUGGAGGCACUAGCCUGCAGCUUCCUAGCCCGUCCUUCGAGACUAAGAGUCAGGCGGGCGAGGACGCUUCUCAGGCGCCCAAGAAUGUUGCUUACAUGGGCACUCUGGUCAGGUCUGGACACGGCCAGGGAAUCGUCUUUGCCACUGGAGGAAACACGCAUUUUGGAACCAUCUCGCUGAGCGUCUCGGGGACCGAGAGCCCUCGGUCCCCUCUGCAACUCUCCAUGGACGACCUAGGCGGGCAGCUGAGCAAAUUUUCUUUCGUUGUGAUCGGUCUCAUCUCCCUCAUCGGAUUUUUCCAGGGAAAGAAGCUGCUCGAAAUCUUCACCAUCUCGAUCUCUCUCGCCGUCGCCGCCAUCCCUGAAGGCCUGCCUAUCAUUGUCACCGUAACGCUUGCUCUUGGUGUCCAUCGCAUGGCUAAGCGCAAUGCGAUUGUCAGGAAAAUGCCCAAGGUGGAAACUCUCGGCUCCGUAAACGUUGUGUGCACGGACAAGACAGGCACUCUCACCAUGAACCACAUGACUACAACCAAGAUGUGGUACUUUGGCCAGCCUAGUUCUGUCAGCGUUGACUCAGAUGACGAGUUCACCGAGGCGAAGCCAGAUGCUGCGACUUUGAGAAUUCUGCGCAUCGGGAAUAUCGCCAACAAUGCUCGCCUUGCGCACCAGUAUACCGAAAAUGGCGCAGCUGCGAGGGCAGUGCUCACGUCGACUCUCGGUAAGGGCGAGAUGAGCUCUUCCUACACGCGCUGGGUAGGGCAGCCGACGGACAUUGCGAUGCUGGACCUCCUGGAUCGAUUCAAGGAGCAUGACGUCAGGGGAUCGGUUGGACAGCGAGCCACCGAGACCCCUUUCAGCUCUGAGAGGAAGUGGAUGGGCGUCACUAUCGCGGCCGAGGGUGGCAAGAGUGAUAAGGAAUUCGCGUAUAUCAAAGGCGCCAUCGACAGGAUCCUGGCGAGCUGCGACACCUACAUUACCGGUGAAGGUCGCGAGUUCGUCCUUGACUCGAACCGUCGGCAAGAGGCCCUGCAAGCUGCUGAUAAGAUGGCGGCCCAGGGACUCCGUGUUCUGGCUUUUGCGAGCGGCCCUGUCAGCAGAUCUACGAAAGGCAAGGCUGCGAUUUCGUCCACUCGGAGUAGCACUCCGGCGGGUGACAAGUCGGAUGACUGGCACCCGGCGACCAACGAGGAAUCAUACACCGGCCUCACUUUUGCUGGUCUCGUCGGCAUGAGCGACCCUCCUCGGCCUGGAGUCGGACGCUCGAUUAGGAAAUUGAUGCGCGGCGGGGUCAAGGUUAUCAUGAUUACAGGCGAUGCCGAGACAACAGCAGUUGCUAUCGGUCGUCAACUGGGGAUGCAGAUCGCGACGCCCCGCGAGCACACGGAUAAUCAGGUCAGCGUGCGACCCGUGCUCCGCGGCGACGAGGUGGAUGCCAUGUCGGAAGAGGAGCUGGCGCAAGCGAUGCAGACGACUACUGUGUUUGCGCGGACCAACCCAGACCACAAGAUGAAAAUUAUUAGGGCACUCCAGAUGCGUGGUGACAUCGUGGCCAUGACGGGCGACGGUGUCAACGACGCGCCGGCGCUCAAGAAAGCUGAUAUCGGGAUUGCCAUGGGGCGACACGGUACCGACGUGGCCAAGGAGGCGGCUGACAUGAUCCUUACCGACGACGACUUCUCCACCAUCCUCCACGCCAUCGAGGAGGGCAAGGGAAUUUUCAACAACAUCCAGAACUUCCUCACGUUCCAGCUGAGCACCAGCGCAGCUGGCCUGUCCCUCGUCCUGAUCUGCACGGCCCUCGGAUUCAAAUCGCCGCUCAACGCGAUGCAGAUCUUGUGGAUUAACAUCAUUAUGGACGGUCCUCCUGCGCAGUCGCUGGGUGUCGAGGCGGUGGACAAGGACGUUAUGAAUCGGCCACCGCGCAAGCGCAACGACCCGGUCCUGACGCGGUCGCUCGUCAUGCGAGUGGCACAGUCGGCGGCCAUCAUCAUGAUUGGAACGAUGCUCGUGUACACGCGCGAGAUGCUCGACGACGGCAAGGUGACACGGCGCGAUACGACCAUGACGUUCACGUGCUUCGUGCUCUUCGACAUGUUCAACGCGCUCUCGUGUCGGUCCGAGUCCAAGUCGGUGCUCAGGGGCGAGAUCGGGCUGUUCCGCAACUCCCUCUUCAACUGGGCUGUGUCGCUCAGUCUGGCGGGCCAGCUGCUUGUCAUCUACUUCCCCUGGCUUCAGGAGGUGUUCCAGACCGAGGCGUUGGGUUUUAUGGACCUCCUGUGGCUCAUCGUGCUCUGUAGCAGCGUCUUCUGGGCCGACGAGUUGCGCAAGUGGCUCAAGUACGGCCGCAGGAGGUUAGGCAGCAACUACAGUCAUGCCGUGUAAAACAAAAAAGAAAUAUAGAGAGACGGGCACAUGUACCAUUAGCGCAGAGUAUAAUGGAAGCGUUGUUGUAACGAGGAUACACUUCACGAAUUUCCCC